AUGGCACAACGUUUCAAAUCCUUCAUCGCGUUCGGUAGUGUGCUGCUGCUGGCGGCGUCUGUUCAGGGUGCUGCCAUUGAUAAUGCGGUCACGCCCCGCAUCCACAGCUCGGAUGAGCUGAUCUCGACCAUUGUGGAUAAGUGCUUCCAUGCCAAUGCCAUGCAUUGCCUGAAGGAGAAGGUGCUCACCUAUCUGGACACGGUCGCCAACGUUGAGGAGGAGGUCAGCGGUCGCGCCUUCAAUGAUGAUGUCAUCGAUAAGGUCAUCGUCGAUCGUCUGGCACGCAUUCUGCGCACCAACGAGCUGCGUCUCCAGCUGCCAGAGACCUUCUUCGCCAGCUCAGUGAUUUCCUAUCGGUCCGAUCGUGGCUUCGACCUGGAGUUGCCCAAAGAGGAAGGCCGUGCUGAGAAGAAGAACAAGGACAAGCUCUUGCUGCCUCUGUUGCUGCUCAUGAAGUUCAAGCUGAAGGUCAUCAUGCCCAUUCUGUUGGCUCUGGUCAGUCUUAAGGCCACCAAGGCUCUGAUCCUGUCCAAGAUCGCCAUCAAGUUGGUGCUUGGCUUCCUCAUCUACAAUCUGAUCCAGAAAUUGGGUGGCAUGAAGAUGAACAUGGUGCCCAUGCCACCACCAAUGCCAGCAGCUGAAUACGGUGUGCCAAGCACCACUGCCUCCUCGUACGAUCCCAGCAGCUGGGAGCCCAUGAGCGGUGGCCCAUAUGCCCGUUGGGACUCACAGAAUCUGGCCUAUAGCUCAUAUCACCCCAGCAGCUCCUCCUCGUACAGCUCCGGCUCAUCGUCCGGUGCCUCCACCUCGUCCAGCUACAGCAACUCAUCUUAGAUCUUAGAUCACACUGCCGCUGUUAAUGU